GCUGGUUCCCAGAGAAGCUGCGGGGGCGGCCAAUGGCGGCGGUGUGAGGUCGGGAGGCCGGGCGGGAGGCGGGGAGCGGCUGCCCGCUAUAGAGGCGUUAUAAAGGCGCUAUAAAGGCGCUGUACCGGCGCUAUAUUGGCGCUGCCCGCCCGCCGUGGCCAUGGCCAACGCGUCGCAGUGCCUGGAGGAGGGCGCCGGGCAAUGGCCGCCGCAGCCGGCCGGGCCGUACAGCGAGGCGCAGCGGCUGGCGCUGGAGGAGCUGGUGGCGGGCGGCCCCGAGGCGCUGCGGGCCUUCCUGCGGCGGGAGCGGCUGCCGCCCUUCCUGUCGGAGCCCGAGGUGCAGGCCAUCGCGCGGGGCGCCGUGCCGCCCAACGCGGCCGAGGAGGCGGCGGCCGAGGCGUCGCUGGACGCGUCGUCGCUCACCUACUUCCCCGAGCGCUCGGACGCGGAGCCGCCGGCGCUGGAGCUGGGCUGGCCGGGCUUCGGCAGCGGCGCGUUCCGCGGGCUGACGCGGGUGGAGGCGCACUUCCAGCCGGGCGGCGGGGACAGCCCGUACGGCUGCAAGGAGGCGGUGCGGCGGCAGAUCCGAUCCGCGCGGCAGAUGAUCGCCCUGGUUAUGGAUUCCUUCACAGACACCGAUAUCUUCACAGACCUCUUGGAAGCUUGUAGCCAACGGCAAGUCAAAGCUUACAUCCUGCUGGAUCAGUCUUCAUUUCCCCACUUCCUGAAAAUGUGCAGGGAUCUGGGAGUUGAUCUGGAGCAGGAGAAGUUGAUGAGAGUUCGCAAUAUCACUGGGAGCACAUAUUGCACAAGGUCAGGUACCAAAAUUGUUGGAAAAGUCCAUGAAAAGUUCAUGUUAAUUGAUGGCAUUAGAGUGACAACAGGUUCCUACAGUUUUACAUGGAUGGACGGGAAGCUGAACAGCAGUAACAUUUUGAUCCUGUCGGGUCCUGCAGUUGCACACUUUGACCAGGAAUUUCGGACUCUUUAUGCACACUCAAAGCCUGUCAGCCUCAAAGAGUUCUCCAGCAGCAAGAAGGAUAAGGUGUUUGAUGAACUGGUCAGGAUUACAGUGGCUUCUAGAGACUUAACCAGGGAAAACUUUCUGAGAAUGGAGUUUUUAUAUCUUAGAGCAUUUGUAGGAAAUCUAAAAAGGAAGCGAAACUGGAUGCAUGCCUCAAGGGAAGCGGUCUAUGUGUCCAGUAAUGCAAUGCAUGUUUCUCCACCACUGACUAAGAGGAAUGGCUCUUUAGUUAUGAGGCCACACUGGAUCAUAGAGAGAUGAAUUGCAUGUUCACUAAGAGCGAAAUGCAAAACCUCGGUCUGUGUCCCGUACUGCCUUACAGUAUAUCUGUGCCAGCUGCUGGGAAGGCAACCACAAGCUGAGAGAAAGGAAUACUGGAAUUGUGAUUUCAGUUGAACACCUCUGCAAUGUCAGUCAGCAGAUAGAGUUAUGGUAUUGUCUGAUCUGCAGAAACACAAACAAAAACCUCUGUAAUGCCUGAGAAGCCAUUAUUAACUUCUGGUGCUCUGUCAGUUCUUCAUUUUUCAACCUAUUUUUGAUUGUUGUAAUGUAAUGGGUUGGCGAUGUCUUAGUUCAGUAGCCUCAUUUUUUCUAUAUGUACAUUCCUUCAAAAAUAUAUAUUGCUUAAGGUUGUAAAGAUGGAUAGCAGGAGUGCUGUAUGGUUCUGAAAUCAGUCAAAGCUUCGUUUUGUGUUCCACAAAGAGUUCCAUAAUCAUACAAUUACCCAGGUUGGAAAAGAUCUUGAAGAUCAUCAAGUCCAACCAACUGUAGUAUCCUAACUCUAACAACCCUCUGCUACAUCAUAUCCCUGAGCACCACAUCCAAACGGCUCUUAAACACAUCCAGGGAUGGUGAUUCAACCACCUCCCUGGGGUAUAAUGCAGAACUGGAUGGGAGCUAGAAACCAGAUCAGUGCCUGGCUUCUAUUAAAUAUUACAUGCUGUUUACAUGAAGCUGAGCAGCUGGGCAGAACGGGUUCAGAUAUAUUAACGUUUUUGCUAUGACUUCAUUUCAAAUGACCUUUUUUUGGUUAGCGAUAAGAACACUUGGAUUGUGACCAUCACAAUAAACACACUCCAAAUGCCUGCAGUUAAGGGGCUUUAUGACUAAAAACCUACUAAUAUCAGUACCAAAGCCUUAUCAGACCUUUUCCUUCUGCAUUACAGAUUUAAUGGUUGCUACCGCUGCCUGAUCUUACAGGAGAAGCUGAGUAGGCCUGAAAUCUAUUAAGAAAUGGCAUUUCUUGCCAUUGCAUCGUGCCUAUGUGCUGAUCUGGAUACAGCUAUAGGUGUCCUUUUCUGCUUACAAACAUGCCAAUGUAACAGUGUGAUCCCUAUCUGUAAAUGUUCAGUCUAGUUUGACAACGUGAGCUUUUAUCCCGAUAAAAAGAAAUCGAAAAGU